AUGAAGACCAACACAAACACAAAACUUAUACUCCUCCACCCAUCAAUCAACAGAACCCCUCCUUCCUCUCACCGUCUUUGGUUACUCUUUAUAGUUACCUUCUUUACCAUAGCUUUCACUCUCACUCUCUUCACCACCACAACAUUCCCUCCAGCCACCACAACUUCAACCCUCACCACCUCCACCACCUCUCUCCCUCCCUCCAUAACCACUGCCCUCCUCCACUACGCUUCCAUUUCCAACACCACAACACCUCACAUGUCAUCCUCUGAACUCUUCACCAUCGCCACCACUCUCCAAUAUUGCUCCCCUCAUUGCAAUUUCCUCAUUUUUGGCCUAACCCACGAGACCCUUUUGUGGAAAUCACUCAAUUUCCAUGGCCGUACAAUCUUUCUUGAUGAAAAUGAAUACUUUGUCUCAAACUUUGAAAAAAACCACCCUGGUAUUGAAGCUUAUGAUAUACAAUUCACUACCAAAGUUAGUGAAAUGGGCGAUCUUUUAUUAGUCACUAAAGGGCUAGUUAACGGUGAGUGCAGGCCAGUACAAAAUUUACUCUUUUCUGAUUGUAAGCUUGGCAUAAAUGACAUGCCUAAUCACAUUUAUGAAAUCACUUGGGAUGUGAUUUUAAUUGACGGUCCUCGUGGGUAUUUCACGGCGGCUCCAGGGAGGAUGUCCCCGAUAUUUACCGCUUCUGUUCUGGCAAGGAGUAAGAGAGGCGGCAACAAGAAGACACAUGUUUUUGUGCACGAAAUUAAUAGAGAAGUCGAGAGGGUUUAUAGUGAAGAGUUCUUAUGCGAAGAGAAUCUGGUAGAGACUGUUGAUUCAUUGGGGCAUUUUGUGUUGGAGAGAAUGGAGGCUAAUAGCUUUGAGUUCUGUAAAAAUUUGACAUCUUUGUUGUCAUCAUCACCAUCUUCAACAACAAAGAUAACAUCUUUAUCAUCUGGAAAUGAUGAUUUCGAUGAUUGA